UUUUUUCAAUGAAACUUCCUUCAUCUUUUAUUGUUGUGGAAAUUUCUGAUACUAAACCUUAUGUCUCAUAAAUAAAAGUGUAGUACCAAUAAAUUAUGCUAUAUAUUCUUCUCUCACCAUAGACUGUGUUCAAUGAUUACUUAGAUCAAUUUAAGGAUUCUGAAACACAACAAAAUUUACCAGAAAGAUUAAAAAAAAAAAAAGGAAAAUUAGAAAGAGAAAGUGGAAAAUAUUUCUGAAAAAAAUGCAGAAUAUACCUAAUUCUGCAUAUGGAGUACGCUGAUCACACACCCAUUUUUUGUACUCUUGAUCUUCAUCAUCGUAAUCGUCUUCUUUUUCAUAUUCUUCAUCUGGGUCAUUAGACAGAGAAGGUUACAAUCAAAAAGAUCAUAGCUUGUACGCAAAGAGGACAGGCAGAAUCAUCAUCAUCAUCAUCUAAUAAUAAAGCAAAACAAAAAGGAAAAUAUUCUAAUUUGGUUGUUGCUAAGGUACGAUGGCAAAGAAGAAGAUGAUGAUGAUUCCGGAUCGGUUAGAGACUUGUCAUGAUCCUCUUAGAAUAACAAGAUUAACUUUUAUACCAGAAAAACUUGGUGAUCUAGUUUCAAUGGCAAUAAAGAUUGGCAUACUGGUCUGUCUUAUAGGAUCCAUAGCACUUGCUAUCCAUUCAACAUUCGCUAAACCGGACCGGUGGUUUCCGUUACCGGAGCAUUUGCAUAUUAUACAGAAUGAUUCGAUCAUUGAAAUCGACGUUGAAACAACAAACAUCUCACAUAUUGUAUUCGGCAUUGCUGGCUCAUCGAACACGUGGCAUAGCCGUAGCAACUAUGGGAAGCUUUGGUGGAAUUCAAACACUUGUAGAGGUUAUGUUUGGCUUGACAAGAGACCGAGGAAUUUGAAGGCGGAUGAUGAGUUAAUUCCAUAUAAAAUCUCAAAGGGAUGGGCCAAGUUCAAGCACACGCACUCUGCGUCUGCUGUUCGGAUAGCUCGGAUAGUUUAUGACAGCUUUAGACUCGGUUUGCCAAAUGUUAGGUGGUUUGUAAUGGGAGACGAUGAUACAGUGUUUUUUCCGGAGAAUUUAGCUACUGUGUUGGGAAAAUAUGAUCACAAUCAGUUGUAUUAUAUUGGUGGAAAUUCUGAGAGUGUGGAACAAGAUGUGAUGCAUUCUUUUGAUAUGGCUUUUGGUGGUGGUGGUAUUGCAAUUAGUUAUGCAUUAGCAGCUAGACUAGCCAAUAUUAUGGAUUCUUGUCUUCAUAGAUACUUUUAUUUUUAUGGUUCUGAUCAAAGAGUUUGGGCUUGUAUAAAAGAAUUAGGAGUAUCUCUUACCCGAGAAAGCGGAUUCCAUCAGUUUGACGUUCAAGGGAAUCCAUAUGGUAUUUUAGCCGCGCACCCUUUGGCGCCACUUGUGUCGCUCCAUCACCUAGAUCGAUUGAACUCAUUGUUUCCGAACCAAACUCAAAUGAGUUCAUUGAGAAAGCUCAUCGGUGCAUACCAGCUUGACCCUGCAAGGAUAGUGCAGCAAAGUAUUUGUUAUGAUCAUAGCCGAAAAUGGUCGAUAUCUAUUUCAUGGGGCUACUCAAUACAAAUCUAUUCAUUGUUGGUGAGUGCAGCAGAUUUGCAGAUGCCCUUGCAAACGUUUAAAACAUGGAGAACUUGGAGCGACGGUCCUUUCACGUUUAAUACUCGAUGGAUAAACCCUGAUGUAUGUGAGCAGCCAUCUAUAUUUUUCCUGGAUCGGGUUAAAAAGGUGGGCACCGGAAGUGUAAUGACCUAUAAGAGAUCUGUUGACCAGGAAGCAAAGAAGUGCAACAGAGCAGAUGGAGAACUUCGGAGAAUUAAAGUUUCUGCCUUGAGGCUGAAUUCAGAAUAUUGGAAGAAUGUACCGCGUAGGCAUUGCUGCCAAUUUAUGAAUGGUGGAAGCAUAAAGGAUGGCAAUGUGCAUAUCAGAAUCAGGAAGUGCAGACCUCAAGAAACAAUUUCUACUUAGAAAUCAGUUGUUUUUGUUGGGCGGUAUAGAUUAAUAUAAAAGUUGAGUGAGUUUUGUAAGAUUGGUCACUAAAAUUUUCACCUAUGUACAUAUGUAAUUGUCAAAAUGAUUACAUAAUCUCAACUUUUAAUAAAUGAAUGUCUCGGGGAGUUUUACA